AUGGAGCAAACAGAAAAUGAAGUACGAAUAUUGCAAGAGUCUUGUCGAGCUCUAGUAGAGCAAAGUAUUCCGGACUUGAAGAUAGAUGACGAAUCCAGAGAUCUUACUCUAAACACUGUGAUCGCAAACAAAACUGGAUCAGGAGAUCCUGAUUACAACCCUCGCGGUGGUUGGAUAUGGCGUGUACUACGUUCCUCGCUUCCUAUACAACUCUGUUUAGUAGCGCUGCUUCUAGCAGCCUGGUUAGUCGAGCGACCGCGUUGCUGCGACGCUUUGAAUUCCCUGGCUCAGACUUUAACUCCCCAAUUACGUUACGUACGAGGACCUCCCCCAGUCUGA